CGUCCGCGCGCUCCACCGCGCCGGUUCGACGAUGUCGCGCGCUCUCUCCCGCGCGCUCGCGCUCGUCGUCGCGCUCGCGCUCGUCGCGCGCGGCGUCGCGGGCGAACCCGCGGUCGUCGGGACCCCGCGCACGGACGGCUACGUCGGAUUCGUGUGCCCGCCCGGGUAUCAAAACUUCACGCUGUGGACGGGGAUCCGAACGAAGGACGACCACUACACGUGCAACCCCGGGGUGCACUGGACCGGGACAUUCUUAGGCACCGCGCCCGAGAUCAAGAACGCGUACGUCGUCGGCGAUUUCGCGGAGAAGGGCUGGCAGAUCCGAUCGCCGCUGAUCAAAGUUUUCGACUACACCGGAAUGGCCAAGCCGGCCUCGAAGCCGGAAGGGGACGCGGUCAAGAUGACGAAGAACGACACCUUGGACGAGCGCGGGAACACGAACUGGAACGCGUGCGUCCCGGGGCUCAAGGCUGGCAUGCUGUUCGGGUUCACCCUGGAGGUGGACACGAACUGUUACCCCGAAGCGGAGUCCCAGGGCCUGUGCAAACCCGAGUCGAACUGCGAAGGGCACGGCACGCUCCCGACGGGCCAGGCGAGGUGCGAGCCCGCGAAAAACUUCAAGAAAUUCCGAUCCGAGGCGGCGAUGAUUGGCGAGAAAAUGCAAGUGGGGGAGGACGACCCGUUCGACCACGACUCGCUCGCGAUGGACAAGGACGUCUCUCCGCUCGACGCGUCGGACUGCGUCUCGACGACGAAGGACGGCUCGCACGUCGCGCGAGAGUACAAGGGACCCACGCCGCAGACGUUGUACGACGGCGACGGGAACCUCACGUCGAUCGUGCACUCGUACGUGUGGGGGACGUGCUGGGAGACCUGCCCGUUGGAGGAUCUGAAGAAGAAUCAGAAUCACGUGUACGUUCGCUCGCCGCCGCCGCCGCCGUCGGAUUCGUCGGCGUCGUUGGGGGCGACGGAGGACGCGCGCGGCGGCGACGGCGCCGUUCUCGCGUGCUGCAUCGCCGCCGUCGGCGCCGCGGCGGCGCUCGUCGCGACGGCGCGGCGUCGGCGCGGGCGCGAGGCGGCGCUCGAGCCCGCGGAAUCGCUUCCGCUGUUGUGAAGCGUCGUCGAGCCUUACUUAGACUAAGAUGCGUCGUCGUCGAGCUAUAAGAUAUGAGAUACUCUAC